UCACGUAAAAAGGAGUAAGGGGGAGAGAAAAUAAACUAGGGUUCGUUCCAGUUCGUUUCCGGGGAGCACCGCCCCCCGAACUACCGUGCCCUCCGCUUCCCCAGCCGCAACCAAAGAGGCGUCCCCGGCGGCGGGACCUACGGCGGCAGGAAGCCGCAGCCGCGUCCUGCUCGCCGGGCUCGUGGUGUAGGCCAAGAGCGGCGGCGGCGGUAGCUCGGGGAGCUCGCAGCAGCGGCGGCCGCAAAAGGAUCGGCGACGGCGGCAGUCUACUACCCCGUAGUUCGGAUAGAGGCCCCUCUUCCUAUCGAGGUCAUGAUAAAUAAGCAUCUAGUCUUUGUGGCUGUUGUCGCUUUUGGUAAUCCUGCCUUUUAGUCGAUUCCAUUUUUUGUUUGCUGCGGAGGUAUUGUGUUUAGGCAUAUAUCUGCAGCUUUGUCACAACAAAGGAAUCUCUCUGGGAGUUACAUUAAGCACUAGGAAUAAUCUGCAAUGGCAGAGGCCAGCCCUAGAACAGAAACGUCAACAGAUGAUACUGAUGAAAAUCUUAUGCUUGAACCAGGGAAUGCUGCUCUUGCUGUUGUUUCUGACUCUAGUGACAGAUCCAGAGACAAAAACGGAGAUCAAAAGACAAUGCGUCGGCUUGCUCAAAAUCGCGAGGCUGCUAGGAAAAGUCGUUUGAGGAAAAAGGCAUAUGUUCAACAAUUGGAGAACAGCAGGCUAAAGCUUACCCAGCUAGAGCAGGAGUUGCAACGAGCUCGUCAACAAGGCAUUUUUAUAUCUAGUUCAGCAGACCAGUCCCAUUCCAUGAGUGGAAAUGGGGCGUUGGCUUUUGACACGGAGUACGCACGGUGGUUGGAAGAACACAAUCGACAAGUUAAUGAGCUGAGAGCUGCAGUUAAUGCUCAUGCAGGCGAUACUGAGCUGCGUAGUGUUGUUGAGAAGAUCAUGUCACACUAUGAUGAGAUUUUUAAGCAAAAAGGAAAUGCAGCCAAAGCAGAUGUCUUUCAUGUGUUAUCAGGCAUGUGGAAGACACCAGCUGAGAGGUGUUUCCUAUGGCUUGGAGGUUUCCGACCUUCUGAGCUUUUAAAGCUUCUUUCGACCCAGCUUGAACCCCUAACUGAGCAGCAGCUGUCAGGGAUAUGCAACCUUCAGCAAUCAUCACAACAAGCUGAGGAUGCUCUUUCACAAGGAAUGGAGGCUCUUCAGCAGUCUUUGGCAGAAACAUUGGCUGGGUCUAUCGGCUCUUCUGGAUCUGGAUCAACAGGAAAUGUGGCAAACUACAUGGGGCAAAUGGCCAUGGCCAUGGGAAAGCUUGGAACCCUUGAAAAUUUCCUUCGUCAGGCUGACAACCUGCGGCAGCAGACUCUUCAGCAGAUGCAAAGGAUCCUGACCACAAGGCAGUCUGCCCGUGCACUUCUUGUGAUAAGUGAUUACUCAUCCCGGCUUCGUGCCCUAAGUUCUCUUUGGCUUGCUCGACCGAAGGAAUAACAAGCGCGUGUGAUUUGACUGCAAUACAUUUUCGCAAUUUGGGGGUGAUGGUGGUGGCAGUCAUGCAACAGACUUGAUUCAGAGAAACUUGCACAUACUAUAAUCCAAAGAGAUGUUGUGUUCAGGUAGCUUAGCCAUAUAGUGAAGUUGAGUGCAUUAGGGCAGGGUCCUUGUUGUACCGUUAACCGCUGUAAAAUUGGCAUCUAAUGGUUGCCAAGUAAUCUUUAAGAUACUAAUUUGCAGAGAGCCAUCCCUUUAGAUGUGCAUUUAUAACUCUUUUGUUGCUAAUCGGAUUUAUUGACUGCUGGGUACAUUUGACAUCAUGUUGUACAAUGCUAGGCUAAUCAUCUAACGACUGUAUAUUAUCA